AUGGUGCUAGGUCCCGUCCUGGCACGAGGAAAGGCCGUAUGCAGGCAGAAUGGGCUGCUCAUCCUGUCUGUGCUCUCCGUCAUCGUGGGCUGCCUUCUUGGCUUCUUUCUGAGGACCCGGCACCUCUCACCGCAGGAGAUUAGUUACUUCCAGUUCCCUGGUGAACUCUUGAUGAGGAUGUUGAAGAUGCUGAUCCUGCCACUUGUGGUCUCAAGCUUGAUGUCAGGCCUGGCCUCCCUGGAUGCUAAGACCUCCAGCCGCCUGGGCAUCCUCACCGUGGCAUACUACCUGUGGACCACCUUCCUGGCUGUCGUCGUGGGCAUCAUCAUGGUCUCCAUCAUCCAUCCAGGUGGUGCAGCCCAGAAAGAGACAACUGAGCAGAGUGGGAAGCCAGUCAUGAGCUCGGCCGAUGCCCUCCUGGACCUUAUCCGGAACAUGUUUCCAGCCAACCUGGUGGAAGCCACUUUCAAACAGUACCGCACCAAGACCACCCCGGUUGUCAAGGCUCCCAAGCUGGCCACAGAGGAGGCCCCUCCCCGACGGAUCCUUAUCUAUGGGGUCCAGGAAGAGAAUGGCUCUCACGUGCACAACUUUGCCCUGGACUUGACCCCACCACCAGAGAUUGUUUACAAGUCGGAGCCUGGCACCAGCGAUGGCAUGAAUGUGCUGGGAAUUGUCAUCUUCUCUGCCACCAUGGGCAUUAUGCUAGGCCGCAUGGGUGACAGUGGUGCCCCCCUGGUCAGCUUCUGCCAGUGCCUCAAUGAGUCUGUCAUGAAGAUCGUGGCGGUGGCUGUGUGGUACUUCCCCUUCGGCAUUGUGUUCCUCAUCGCUGGCAAGAUCCUGGAGAUGGAUGACCCCAAGGCCGUUGGAAAGAAGCUGGGUUUCUAUGCCAUCACUGUGGUAUGUGGGCUGGUAGUCCACGGCCUCUUCAUCCUGCCUCUGCUCUACUUCUUCAUCACCAAGAAGAACCCCAUUGUCUUCAUCCGUGGUGUACUCCAGGCCCUACUCAUCGCACUGGCCACUUCCUCCAGAAAGAGUCAAGUACACCUGUAUACCUGUCAGAGCACCUAUCCUCCAUGCUGUGGACUGGCUGCUUGGGUUGGGUGGCUUCUUGGCAGAGGCCUUGCCCAUCUUGGAGGAGCAGGGUGGGCAGACACCAGCUCCUCUGCCCAUAGCUCAGCUACACUGCCCAUCACCUUCAAGUGCCUGCUGGAGAACAACCACAUUGACCGGCGUAUUGCCCGCUUUGUGCUGCCUGUGGGCGCCACCAUCAACAUGGACGGCACUGCACUCUACGAGGCUGUGGCUGCCAUCUUCAUCGCCCAGGUCAACAACUACGAGCUGGACUUUGGGCAGAUCAUCACCAUCAGCAUCACGGCCACCGCAGCCAGCAUCGGGGCUGCUGGCAUCCCCCAGGCUGGGCUUGUCACCAUGGUCAUAGUGCUUACUUCUGUGGGAUUGCCCACUGACGACAUCAACCUCAUCAUCGCUGUGGACUGGGCUCUGGACCGCUUCCGUACCAUGAUUAAUGUGCUGGGUGAUGCUCUGGCAGCAGGCAUCAUGGCCCACAUCUGCAGAAAGGACUUCGCUCGGGACACAGGUGCGGAGAAACUGCUGCCUUGUGAGACCAAACCCGUGAGUCUUCAGCAGCUUGUGGCCACCCAGCAGAAUGGCUGUGUCAAGAGCGUGGCUGAGGCCUCUGAACUGACCCUUGGCCCCACCUGCCCCCACCAUAUCCCAGUCCAGGUGGAACAGGAUGAGGAGCAAGCCACUUCCAGUCUGGACCACUGCACCAUCGAGAUCAGUGAGCUGGAGACCAACGUCUGA